AGACCGCACCGGCCCCGCCCCUUCCGGUCCGCUCGGCUCCGUGUCCCCCGGACCCACGUGUGUUUGGAGCGGAGUGAACUUGGAGCUGCCGCGGCGGCCGUCCGUGGGGUUGUUGUUUCUGGACACCGCGGGGCCUCGGUGGCCACGACAUCGCCAUGCCUAAAGGACUGAAAGGAAAAAUUGUAGGACGGGAAAAAAAAGUCAUCCAUCCGUACAGCAGGAAAGCAGCUCAGAUUACAAGAGAGUCUCACAAACAAGACAAGAAGGAGAGAUUGAAGACUGAGAGGGCCUUGCGUCUCAACCUUAUUGGUGACAAACUUCAGUGGUUUCACAGUCAUCUGGAUACAAAAAAAACGAGAUAUUCAAAGAAGGAUGCCUGUGAAUUAAUUGAAAGGUACUUGGGUCGAUUCAGCAGUGAGCUGGAGCAGAUUGAGCUGCACAACAGCAUCAAGGACAGACAGGGCCGGCGCCACCACUCCCGGGAGACUGUCAUCAAGCAGACCAUGGAGCGGGAGCGGCAGCAGUAUGAAGGCUACGGCUUCGAGAUCCCAGACAUUUUAGACACUAAUAAUCUACAGACUUUUCGGGAAUGGGAUUUUGAUCUGAAGAAAUUGCCAAACAUCAAAAUGAGGAAACUUUGUGCUAAUGAUGCCAUCCCCAGGAAGCGCAAGCAGAAAGCCAUUUUAAAUGUGGAAACAGAUUUAAAUAUAGAGAAAGAUUUAGGGGAAUUAGAACUAACUGUGGGAACUGGAGACGCUAAAGAUGGGGAAUUGGAACCAGCGAGUGAAGCAAGCGACUCGGAUGAAGAAAUGACUCCAGUGCCUGCCUGCCCCUGAUGGAAUCCCUUGAGACCCCCGCCCACUCCCUGACGCUGAAUACCUGGGCCUGGGAGCUGAGCUGAGAGUCUGAAUACCAACCCAGUGCAGUUCUGGUGAGGCGUCUGUCUACGUCACUGCAUGGCCAACGGCGUCAUAGUGGUGGAAUAGGAGACGGAGCGGGUGGGUGCAGAGGAAGAUAAGCCAGCGAAUGGGAAGGGGCCUGUGUCCUGUCACCUCCUGGAGUCCUGUCACUUCUGAACAUCACCAUACUGGGGUGGAGGGUGUGAGCGGCAAUUUUCUAACACAUUAAACUGUAUCCAAAACA